CAUUAUUUGUGAUUGUUACAAUUUGUUUUACAUUGGUUGUGACAUACACAUGGACCGACAAAUGCAGUAGUAUCAACAAUGAGGAGUACUAUUCCAUUUUUACAUGGCAAAACCUUUGGGAGAAAUGUGAAUGAAGCCUAUAGUAUCAUGGCUGUGCAAAACUGACUCUUAUCAGAGUGGAGAGAAAGAUUAGCUUUGACUCUCACUUUAGCAUUGUUCUGUGACAGUCAGCACGCAUACUGACAGAGCACUCCUCCUUGUUUAGACUGGUUUUGCUGCCAUGGUGUCUGCUGUGUGGCUUCUCUGGUGUCUGGCUGCUGUCUGGGCUGAGCUGGAGAGACCAUCCAAUGAGAUAAAUACAGAAAAUUCAGAGGAAACAUUUCCAUGGAGGAACCAGAGGCUUCCCAUCGUCGUUCAACCCGACCAGUAUUUCAUCUGCAUCCACCCUGACCUCACCGCCAACACCUUCACUGGUCAGGUUCACAUCCUGGUCACGGUGUUGAACGACACCAGACUUAUUGUGCUGAACAGCAAGGGUCUGGCCAUCAAGGAAGUUGUUCUCAGAGACCUCACCCAGCCCGCUGCCACUUACAGACGGGCGCAGCCAGUGGAGAUACAGAAACAGAUUCUUCUCCAUGAAGCUAAUGGAAGACAGGAAAGGUCAGUGAAGAACCAGGUGUCCCUACGUGUGUUGGAGUCAGAAGCCAAUGAGCAGCUGGCUUUGAUCUCAGACGUUCCUCUCAAAGCAGGACAUCAGUUCCAGCUCUCCAUCUCCUAUUCCGGGAACUUCUCCAGGAGUUACUCAGGUCUCUACAAAGCCACUUACAUGACACCAGAUGGAGACCUCAGAACUAUCGUGGCGACCAACUUUGAGCCUAGUUAUGCCCGAGAGGCUUUCCCUUGUUUUGAUGAGCCUGGAAUGAAAGCCCUGUUUUCUCUGGUGGUGGUAAGGGAGGCUGGACAAAUAUCCCUCUCUAACAUGCCAGAGUUAUACACCAAAGCACUGCAAGAUGGUCUGGAGGAGGACCACUACCAGGCUAGUGCGAGGAUGAGCAGCUACCUGGUGGCUUUUGUCGUCUGUGACUUUGCCCAGAACACAGCACAGACCAAGAAAGGGGUCAAGGUUUCAGUCUUUGCGGCAGACCAUCAGAUAAACCAAACUCACCAUGCUCUCAAAGUAGCUGUGGAUAUCCUAGAGUUUUAUGAGGAGUACUUCAAGAUCUCAUACCCCUUACCAAAAAUAGAUCUGGUGGCAAUCCCUGAUUUUGAGGCAGGAGCCAUGGAGAACUGGGGUCUGGUGACGUUCAGGGAGACAUCCCUGCUGUACCAGGAACACCGGGACAGCCUGAGGGGACGGUCCUGGGUCAGUCUCGUCACCGCUCACGAGCUGGCCCACCAGUGGUUUGGGAAUCUGGUGACCAUGCAGUGGUGGGAUGACGUGUGGCUGAAUGAAGGCUUUGCCAGCUACUUGGAGUAUGUAGCCAUAAAACACCUAGAACCUCACUGGGGUAUGGAGGACCAGUAUCUCUUGAUGAACAUGUACAAAGCCCUGGAGAGAGACUCUCUCCUGACCACUCACUCUGUGUCACUACCCGUCAGCGGCUCCACUCAGAUCAGAGAGAUGUUUGAUGCAGUAUCCUACUCCAAGGGCGCAAGUGUUCUUGGAAUGCUCCACAUGUAUCUGUCAGACCAUGUGUUCCUUAGUGGAAUUCAAAGCUAUUUGAGGACCCAUCUCUACAACAAUGCACAACCAGACGACCUGUGGACAGCAAUGUCAGAGACAGCCCAGCAGAAUCACAUGUUCACUGAUGUGAAAGCCCUGAUGGACACAUGGAUAACCCAAAGGGGAUAUCCUGUUGUGUCAGUGAGCAUUCAGGGGACGCACAUCCACUUGCGACAGGAUCUUUUCACCAUCUUGCCUCAGAAUGACACAGACUCCUUGUGGCAGAUCCCAUUUACUUUCUACACCAGUAGCUCAUCCACUGUCACCAUUCAUUUGAUGACAAGCAAAGAAGAGAUCAUUGAUCUUCCAGAGGAGGUGACAUGGAUCAAAGCCAAUGUGAACUCCAGUGGCUUCUACAGGGUCUUCUAUGACAGCCACACACUGCUAGGCCUGGUCACACAGCUGGAGGGGGGACAGGCUCGCUUCAGCUCUGCUGACAGGGCCGGACUGAUCGAUGACACCUUUCAUCUGGCCAGACAAGGAUCCUUGCACUACUGUGAAGCAUUCAAAUACACUCUGUUCAUGAAGACAGAACAUGAAUUAUUGCCCAUAACCGUCUUUAUCAAUCACAUGACCAACAUGAUACACAAAUUCUCCUUCAACAAACAACCUUGCAUUGCUCAUCUUCUCAAGGAGCACCUGUGGAGCAUGCUGGGAAGGCUGGCGGACGCCCAGCGUUGGGAGGAUGCCGGGUCUUUGCCUUUCCAGAGCAGGAGAGUCAAGCUUCUGGAACUGGCAGCCCGAUUGGGACGCUCCCCAGAAACAGAGCAAAAUGCCCUGCGCCUCUUCCACUUCUGGAUGGCCAAAAAUGGAGACCACCCACUGCCUGCUACAUUGCGGGGGCUGAUAUUCCAGGUGGGUGUCAGGAAAGGAGGUCAUAUCGAGUGGAAGUUCCUUCUGAAAAAGUACCAGCAGAAUACAUCUUGUAAAGAAAAGGCCAUCAUGCUAGCCGCUCUCUGUCACACCACCAGUCAGAGCAAGAUACAAUGGUUGCUGAAUGCGUCUCUCCAGCACCAUGUGAUCAAGACUCAGGACUUCUCCCUCAUUGUGGAGCAGCUGGCAUUCCGACCCACAACCAAUGAGAUGGUGUGGAAAUUCCUGCAGAAACACUGGGAACAGAUCUUGUUGAAGUAUCCAUUGGGGUCACCUUAUUUGUCUGGUAUUGUAAAAUCUACUACAUCCCAUUUUAAUUCUACUGAGAAAUAUGAUGAGGUUUACGACUUCUUUGUGACAAAGAAAAAACUAAGUUAUAUGUCCUUCGUCAAGCAAUCUUUGGAAACAAUCAAAGUGAACAUGCAUUGGAUUAAAACUAACACAGUGACCAUUCAAUCUUGGCUACAGAAGACAUACCCCAACAGCUUCAAAUCAUAUUUAUUCUGCAAGAAGGAGGUUGCGUAUCGCUUUAAAUGGGGAACUACCAUCCAUAUUCGUAUUUAGGACAGGUCAUCAAUGUGGAUUAAUACAAUAAAAAAAAUGUACAGCAUAUAAGGAACCAGUUUCCCAGACAUUGAGUAAGACUAGUCCUAAAGUAAUAGAACAUUUAAAUGAAGAUCUCCAUUGAAGUUUUUAAUCUAGGACUAGGUUUACUCCAUGUCUGAGAAACUGGGCCUAUAUGUCAAAA